AUGGAACCCUCAAGUUCAGAUAAUAACAAUAACUGUGUCCAAUUAUAUCUUAAAUAUAAAAAGGAAUUUGAUAAAGUUAUUUUAAAUGUUACAAAUGGUAGUAUAAAUCCUGGAAAGUAUUGUGGUGACAUUAAAUAUAAUAAUUUAAAUACUCCUGGUAGUAAUUUUAUUACAGCAUGUCAAGAGAUUGGUAGAUAUUUAAUUGAAAUAAAGGAUAAAUAUUAUUCUGAUAGAUUCAAACGUUGUAAAUACUUGAAGUACCGGAUAAAUUCAGAUAAUAAUUAUAAGGAUCAUCGUUGGUUUGAUGCAUAUAAAGAGGUUUCAUCCAUUAAAGAAAAUAUAUGUGCUCAAGAAUUAAAGGUAAUUGAUUCUAAUGUUUUAGCAAAACUUACAGAGUUGUAUAAUUUAUAUGAAAAUUUUAACAAUUUUAAUAUUGAAAAAGAUCAAAUUACCAUGAAUUGUGAAAGUGCUAGAAAAUGCUAUGAAUUUUAUAAUAAACAUUACAAAGAUUGUGAUGAAAGUAAUAAUGAUGAUUUUUGCGAAGAGUUGAAAAAUUUUAAGGAAGUAUAUGAAGACACAAUGAGUAAUGUAACAUCUUGUCCUGAUGUACCACAACAGUUACCACCUAAAAAAAGAGAUUUUGUAAUUCUUUCCAGUUUAACAACUGCUGUAGUAUUACUAGCAUCUUUUACUUUAUUCUUUUUAUAUAAAUUCACUCCAAUUAAAUCAUUUCUACGUAAUCGUCUACAAAAGAAAAAAAUAAGUGAACUUAGAGAAGUUGAAGAAAAAACAAUAGAAUCUAUUAAAAACACAUAUAAUGAAGCGAAUAUAAAUUAUGAAGGAAGUUAUCAUAACAUAGCCUAUCAGCCUCAAUGA